UGCGGGAUACACUAGAAUUACGCGUAGACAGGCAUCGACUGAAUAAAUCAAUGUAGAAUUAAUGUUCAAAUCUUUACGCUACAAAUGACAUCCGCUAACCGUAACGCCAAGAAAGCCGCAGCAGCUCGUGCUCGUGCAGGCCGUGCACGACAACAUACCUUUCAGACCUUGCGUGAAAAUAUGCCAAAGGCCUUGGCUUCAAUCAAGAUCGAGUUAAUUCGAAAGUGGGAGCAUCGGGCUUGGAGAUUUAUUGAUGCUUACAGUGAUGGAUUGGGGGCUAAAGAUGCAGUGACCCAAAUAAAGAAGUUCAGCUCACGUCGCUUUACUUCUCACCGUCGCAUUCCUGAAUCACUGGCUCGAGCAAUGGAUCAGUAGAUAAAUAUUGCCAUAUUAGGGAAUUAUUAUAUUACAUAAGAUUACCAUAAAAGGAAACGGCAAAAACGGCCCCAUGAUUUUUCUGAAAUUCAACUUGUUCCAAAAUCCCUCUAGAGCGUUUCAUCAUCUAUCUAUUUAGUAUCUUUUCACAAGAGGAACACAGGAUUCGUCUACUCCUUAAGGCUGCUCCCACGCUUGUGCACAGGUAGUGGCAGUUAGGUGACGUGCACCAUACGCCACGAUCUAUGGUCCGAUUUAUUUAAGCAGGGAAAUGUGGGGUCUCAAAUUCUCCGACCACUCACAUUGUUUAGUUCGAGUCGAUCCACCGCAAGACCUGCACAUUCGCCGACAUUUUCGCCCGCACGUUAGUAGUUCUAUCCAUCCGAUUGAACUUUUUUUUUUCAC